AUGACCUCACACCUAACCCCCGUGAAUUUGGUGUCCCCCAGAAGACGACCCCCUCAGUCGUCAAGGCCGUUGUCAGGGUCCAGCAGGCGUGAGCAUCUCGUCCCGAAUCGGCCAAUACCAUUUGGUGCCAAGCCCCGACCAAGUGGCCCACCAGUGCACCAAACUGCCAGGUCGUCUGGACGACUCGACGGGCAUCAGCGCACAAUUACCCUCAUCACAAAUGCCAAGAUUGCAUGCCAACUUGCCGAUGAGCAUAGCCUGACGGCGGUCACAAAGGUUGCUGGCCCAGAUUCUGACGGCCAUGCUCGAAGCCGCAAGCUCCAGUUGAACGAGAUGUCCAAAUGUCACUUGUGUGGAUCGAGCUCGAUGACACUUGUUCUUGUAUUCAGCCUUGCCGGCAGUCCCGUGCUAAUGUGUCGACUUGUGUAUGUGUUUCGACGCCUCUAUCAAUCAUUUAGCGUGUCACACCGUUUGUCCACUUGCGUGGGUGCACACCCACCUUCAGGGUGUGUAAAUCGAGAAGGGUCUGAAGACGCCCCUAAUUAUCGCCUCGCGAUCUGCGUGACAAGCCUGCGGGCACAAGUCCGGUUCAGGCCUGCUUGUGUGGGCUCGAGUCACGCGGCCUUGCUACCGGAGGUGGGCCGCAGGGAUGGAUGCAAACUGGACAUAAACACAAACUCACCUGCGCAUGCAAACACAAACAGACCUCACACACAAAGUUCACACCCUCAGAGCCGAGAGUGGCGGUCAGUGGAGAGGCAUCUCCCGUUUUCAGACAAACGCGGUCGACAUGUAGGCCUUUAA